AUGCAAUCUCGAAACACUCCUGAGAGAAUGGGUCGUGGCGAGGAGCUCAGUGACUUUCAGCGGGGCACUGUUGUUGGAUGCCACCUGUGUAAAAAGUCCGUGCGUGAGAUUUCCGCCCUGUUAAACCUGCCUCGAUCCACUGUGAGCGCUGUGAUUUUGAAGUGGAAACGUGGAGGAAUAACGACGGCUCUGCCCCGGAGCGGCCGGCCACACAAGCUCAAAGAGGAGGACCGUCAAGUGCUGGAGAGAGUAGCGCUGGAGAAGUGUUUGCCCUCGGUGGAAGCUCUCACCACCGAGUUUCAGACAGCCUCUGGAGCCAGUGUGAGCUCCAGGACCGUGCGCCGGGAGCUCCAUGAGAUGGGUUUCCGUGGACGAGUGUCCACAUACAACAAGCCUAAAGGAGGGGAAAAGGUGGAAAAAAAACAGGCAUCUCCCAGCCAGGAGGAUGCCAAUGUAGAUGUGUCUCGUCUGGACUUGCGUGUUGGACAUAUUAUCACAGCCCUGCAGCUUCCAGACACUGAUAGUUUGUAUGUGGAGCAGGUCGAUGUGGGAGAGGCUUCACCCAGGACAGUGGUCAGCGAACUGGCCAAGCACAUACCAGUGGACCAGAUGCAGAACCGCAUGGUAGUCCUGCUUUGUAACAUGAAGCCAGUCAAGAUGAGAGGAGUGGUCUCCCAGGCUAUGGUCAUGUGUGCCAGCUCACUAGACAAGGUCGAAAUCCUUGAGCCUCCAGGUGGAGCAGUACCAGGGGACAGGGUUACUUUCCAGGGCUUUCCAGGUGAACCAGAUAAAGAGCUGAAUCCCAAAAAGAAGAUUUGGGAACAGAUUCAGCCGGACCUUCGCACGGAUGGACAGUGUGUUGCAACUUACAAGGGAGCUGCCUUUGAAGUUGUCGGCAAGGGAGUUUGCAAGUCCCAAACCAUGAGCGACAGUGAAAUCAAAUAAACUAAUGGCACAGCUCAAAAUAGCUCAGUGUAAAUCCCUGCAGCCAAAAUGUUGUGGAAAGCCUUCCCAGAAGAGCGGAGGCUGUUGUAGCAACAUAUUAAUGCCCAUGGUUGUGGAGUGAGGUGUCCAACAAUCACAUGGGUAUUAUAUUUGAGUGUCUGCAUACUUUUGUAAUAAAAGCCAAGGAAAAUGAUAGUGAAGAGUAUGUUACCCUCUGUUGGACAGAUAAGAACAUUACUGUUACAUUUUUAAAAAAAUGAAAACUGUAGUUCUGAAUUUUGUCAAAGGAGGGCAGUACAGUACCCAUGGUAAUGUACAGUGUGUGUGUGUUGGGGAUUUGUUGAAAUGAGACAUGAGAACAUACACACUCAUACCAAGCGUGGUUAAAAGAAAUGGGAAAUGGAAAUUCUUCAGAAGAAUCCCGUUUAACUGGGAAGUAUCUGAUAAAAUAUAAAAGUUUUCCCAUGACAACAUAGCUGUUAUUUCCACUGAACUGGAUGAAACUCAACCGUGCAGAAAUCCCUUUGAAGUGGGGGACACUUCACAGUUCUACUUUCUUCUGACAGUAUGAAAAUGAAGCUCAGAAGGACUUAAUUUACUUAUCGUAUAAGGUCAGUUUUUUGUUCUGCAAUGACAGUUCUCUGUGUUUCUUCAGUGUAAGUCUGGUGCUGGCAGAUGAUGGAAAUGAGUCAGCUUGUUAUGUAUCAGUACACGCACAGAGCCUGUGGAAAGUUCUGUUUGACAUAUAUGUCGUACCGAAUACAGUCUAAUGUCUGAGACCCAGACAGUGUUCUCUUCACUGAUCUGGAUUUUGUUUAUCUGCAGUUCCCCAGAAAACUGAAAACUGACAGUUCUGAAUCUGUGAUUUGGGUGUAAAAGUAAAAAGUGGAUCUUUUUUUUUUAUUGUUUCUUCAUCCAAUAGCUUUUGUAUCCACCCUGCUACUUCAAACCAUUAUUCAACUCUUUAGAUGUUGUGACGGGUUAGUUAAACCUUAAUUUAUAAUAUCCUACUUCAUGAAACGUGUCUGUUUGUUCAGCUUCCAAUAUGAUUGCUAAUAAGGCUGCUUAUCUCCUAAGAAAAAUUUUUUUUUUUGGAAGAG